UUUGGCGGGAAAAACAAAAAAGCCGACUUUGAAAACACUGGUCAUGCUCACGGGCAAUCCAGUUGCUCGUGCUGCUGCACCGACAAGUCCAACCCAAGCACAACAGUCACUACUCCACUCGACAUCCAUGCAUGAGAGCGGAGGGCAAGGAGAGCCGGCCGAUGACGGUGCUGCAACUCUUGCAAGUGCUGGGUUUCCCGCCAUCUCGACCGGCGAGUCGUCGGCAGCACCGUUGCCCACUGCCUUUCUGGCCCAGUUUGCGCAUUCGUCCCAAUCGCAGCCACGAAGCAGUGGGCAGACUGCGUCGUCGUCGUCCCAAGCGUUCUCGCAAGCGGGCUUGUUGCACUCGUCCGACACCACUGCCGCCGCCAGCCAGGCUCCAAGCAAUCCCAGCUUGUCCAUGGCAUCUUCUUCAGACAAUGUUCCAGACGAUUUCCCUCUCGCAUCGUCGCCCGUCUCGUCCAACAGUAAAUCCUCCCACCAAAGUAGCGGCAGCGGAUCCAUCAAGCCAAUUGACGCGCGCUCCGUCCAUCGGAUUUGCUCUGGCCAAGUCAUCUUGUCGCUUGCAACUGCAGUGAAAGAGCUGGUGGAGAACAGCAUUGAUGCGGGUGCAACCGCCAUUGAAAUCCGCCUGCGCGAACACGGGGCCGAGCUGAUUGAGGUCAUUGACAAUGGGUCUGGUAUCGAGCCGCACAAUUUCCAAGCUCUCACGCUCAAAUACCACACGUCAAAGCUCGCCGAUUUUUCCGAUCUGACACGGCUGGAAACGUUUGGGUUCCGAGGCGAGGCGUUGAGCUCGCUGUGCGCGCUGGCCGAGGUUUCCGUCACGACUUGUUCCGCAGCACAUGCAGUUGGAACGCGCCUCGAGUUUGACACAGAGGGCCUCAUUACAACCAAGUCACCAUGUCCCCGGGAGCAGGGCACCACCAUUUCGGUUCGCAAUAUUUUCGCCAGCCUGCCAGUCCGCUAUCGCGAGCUCAUGAAAAAUCUCAAGCGAGAGUACGGCAAGUUGAUUGCCAUGCUCCAAGCGUACUGCAUUGUGGCCACCGGCGUGCGGAUUUCAUGUAGCAAUCAAAUUGGCAAAACUCCGCGUUCGAUGGUAUUUGCUUCACCUGGCGCCGAAACAAUGAAGGACAACGUUACCGCUAUCUUUGGCAUCAAGCAAACGCAGCAAUUGAUGCCGUUUGUUCAACUAUCCUCGAGCGAACUAACUGCGGCAUUGGCUACGACCGAUGCCGGUAGUAGUCAAGUCAUCUUUCCGACAUUCAAAAUCACAGGUCUGAUUUCCAAGCCAAUGGCUGGCUGCGGGCGGAGUAGCACCGAUCGCCAAUGCUUUUAUGUCAAUGGUCGACCCUGUGAUAUGCCCAAACUUUCAAAGGUCGCAAACGAAAUCUACCAUUCUUUUAUCGCAGGCUCGUUUCCUGCGUUGUUUUUGAACCUUGCCUUGCCAUCAGCGGCUAUCGACGUCAAUGUGACACCAGACAAGCGCACCAUUCUCUUGCACGACGAGAAGGAGCUCGUCCUUGCCUUCAAGACUUGCCUCAGCGCCAUCUCAUUUGCGCGGGUGGACGUCGCUCAUCCCACCAUCUCGCGUUCAUCGUCCUUGGCACCGCCAGCAGUGACGAAAACACCCACGCUCAUCAACCAUCGCACCGUCUCUGGUUUGAGCAUGUCGCAGUUGUCGGCCAGGCUGUCGACAGAGCCAGUCUUGCUGGGCCGCCGGUCCACCUUUAGCAAUUCCUCGGCUUCUCUGGUGCCACCCACCCGUCCACUAUCUUCCUUUUCGGCACGGCACGCCUCCAUCGGCCAGCCCGCUGCCAGACCGAUCGAGCCGUCAGGUCCGGGAUUGGGCGUUGGCUCCAACCCGCUUCUGGUUGGUGGGCUCGACCCAAUCUCGCUUCUCCGAAGCCACCUGACAAACGUCGCUUCAAACGCAUCUGCGGGCGUUCCUGUGACGAAAAAGCCGCGCCUGAUGCAAGAUGAGCAAGAGCAACAACAAGAGGAAGAAGAGCCAGGGGAUGCAGAUCUUGAUGAUUUUGCCGAUCGUCCUGCCGCAACAGGUGCCUCUCGCCUGCAAAUGAUCGAAAACCUGACCAGUCAUGACAGCGGUGAAGAGAACGACCCAGAGUCACUUCGACGCCGAUUGCGCCUCGUGCCAGAUGCCAAGCCAGCCAAACCCGUUGAACUUGACCAGUACCUUGAAAAGGUCCCCUCGGAAAACACGAGCGCCAGCAGCAUCAAGAGCGUUGCGCAUUUGGAGGUUGCCUUCCAGCUCGCUUCGAUUGCUCCACGCCGCUUGUUUGUGCAGCAGCAACAAGCGAAAGCCGAGGCCGCGCUUGCCAGAGCAGCCCCUGUUCGUUCGACCGCUGCUGCUGCUGCCGCUGCUGCUGCUGUGGACGGAACUGUUGAUUCUGAAUCUGCCGUUGAUGCCAAAGUCAGUGAGGAAGGCGCGGGGGACAACAGCCCUCGCAAAUUCCGAACCAAGAUUUCGCCUCAAAGCGAGCAGGCUGCGGUGGCCGAGCUGGCGCGAUCCAUCUUCAAGACCGACUUUGCCAAAAUGAAAGUGUUGGGCCAAUUCAACCGCGGCUUUAUCAUUGCCAAGCUGGACAAGGAUUUGUUUCUCGUCGACCAGCAUGCCACCGACGAAAAGUACAAUUAUGAAAAGCUCCAGGAGAGUGUGCGAUUGCAAUCACAGCCGCUGAUUCGACCGAUGCCUCUCCAACUCACGGCCGCCAAUGAAGUCGUGCUGAUGGACAAUAUCGACAUAUUCCGCAUGAAUGGGUUUGAUUUUGUGGUUGACGAAAGUGCCCCCGCGACUGAACGUGUCCGUCUCUCGGCCAUGCCGUUCAGCAAAAAGACAACGUUUGGCCCUUCCGAUGUGGACGAGCUGUUGUAUCGCCUGAGCGACUCGCCUGGAGUGAUGUGCCGGCCAUCUCGAGUUGCAUCAAUGCUGGCUUCUCGAGCGUGCCGCAAAUCGGUCAUGAUUGGCGACCCGCUCAGCACGUCGCAAAUGUACCGGCUCCUACGCCACAUGGGCCAGAUCGAGCAACCCUGGAACUGUCCUCACGGGCGGCCGACGAUGCGGCACUUGUUGGAUUUGUCCAUGAUUUCAUUCGGAUCGACGCAGCAGCCUGGCCCAGCAGAGCCGCCAUCUCCGGGUCAUGCUUUGAGAAUAUCGCCCAUCAUUCUUGAUGAAGAGCAUGGUGGAUUGUCCGAGGCGACGGCACAACCUGAACCAAUGGCUUGCGACCAUGAAAGCGAGCACGACGAGUCCCACGGGAUUGAUGGACACGCGUGCGACCAUCACGACGCAAUGUUGGAUUGACGAGGAUUGUGACACACGAGAGUAUUACACACAUGGAUUGUAAUUUUUUAAAAUUAAUUUGUUGUUUCGCUC